GGUGCGUUGCGCCCUCCCGCUUCCGGAGCCCGAGAGGUUCGCGUGUUCUCGCGAGAGGCGGGAAAGGGCGCAGGGUUUGAAACAUGGCGGACGACGUGGACCCGCAACAAACUACCAACACCGUAGAGGAGCCCCUCGAUCUUAUCAGGCUCAGCCUGGAUGAGCGAAUUUACGUGAAAAUGAGAAAUGACCGAGAGCUUCGAGGCCGAUUACACGCUUAUGAUCAACAUUUAAACAUGAUCCUGGGAGACGUGGAAGAAACCGUGACUACCAUCGAAAUUGACGAAGAAACGUACGAGGAGAUAUAUAAAUCGACGAAGCGGAACAUCCCAAUGCUGUUUGUGCGGGGAGACGGGGUCGUCCUGGUGGCCCCUCCGCUGAGAGUCGGCUGAAGUGAAGGAUUUCCCACGGGGGAGAUUGUGCGAUUGCCUCAUCGCACGCGUAAGGCGCUCAGAAGAGAAACCUGCCUGCGCUUCGACGUCAGGAAACGCCCCAAGGAUUCCUCCACUUCCGAAACGAGCUCACGUGUAGAUAACUCACAGCCGCUUCAGCGAAUGGUCGUUUGUCUUUUUCUCCCACACUCCAAUAAAUGCGAUCAGCAAGGCGCACGAGCUCUUUUUCAGAA